UUUUCCCCCUGUUACGAGGUUGAAGAUCUCCAUUUUGUGAGAGCAGCUAUAGUCGUGUUGUCCCAGCGAGGCCGACCCGAGAUAGAACAAAAACUGUCAAAGUUAUCCGAAAGGCUGCCCGAUAACCAAGUCAUUUUCCGAAAGGAAAGCAAAUCUUAUCGUAUGUCCGCUAUCCAGAACCUCCAAACUUUUGACCCCUUUGCUGAUGCAACUAAGGGUGAUGACCGCCUCCCAGCCGGGACUGAGGACUACAUCCACAUAAGAAUCCAACAGCGGAACGGCAGGAAGACCCUCACCACUGUACAGGGCAUCGCGGCCGAUUAUGAUAAGAAGAAGCUAGUCAAGGCCUUCAAAAAGAAGUUUGCCUGCAAUGGGACAGUGAUUGAGCACCCAGAGUAUGGUGAAGUGAUUCAGCUUCAAGGAGACCAGCGCAAGAAUAUCUGCCAGUUUUUGAUUGAGAUUGACCUGGCGAAGGAGGAGCAGCUCAAGGUUCACGGCUUUUAGGAGCUGCCAGCAGCCCUCCCCCUCUUCUCCUGAAAGGCCAUCAAGCGCCCCUCUCCUCCCUCCUAUGUGCUGCUGUUGCUCUUCCUCCCCCCUUUUCCCCAUUUGCAAUACCACCAGCUUUUAUUAGCUAACACAUGAAUUACCUCUGAAUGACAUGGGACUCUGUAACACCGACAUGCCCCUACAACACCAGGGGGCGCUCUCACAAAAACACACCACAACAGUUCCACACAUCAGGGAUGAGUGGUGAUGACCCUCCCACACACACUUCCUCUUUCCAUGUACCCCUAUUUCUUUUUUCCAUUUUAGAUUGUGCCACAACGAGAAGGCACCGUCUCAUGUAACAUUUUUGUUUUGUACUUAUGUGUUUCAAUAAAACAAUGAGUCUCCAUGUUUUGGAGUGGAGUGUUGUCAUGGGGUGGGGUGUGUGCAGGAGGGUCAUACUUUGGUAUUUUGUUCUCCCCCCAUCCUUCAAUUGAAACUGCAGAUAAAUGAAGUGUUAAAGAGCCGGUGACUGCCGUCAGAUCACUGCCCAUCUUCACACCACCAUGUACUAUAUAUUAUUUCAUGUUUGGGCAACUUUUCCUUUAAUGUUCCGUAUUCCAACAGUCACUGGUGGACUUGUAAGGAAGGCUGAGGCGUCUCACUGUGAUCAGAUGGGAGGGAACCAGGGAAAUUGCCUACAGUGGUGCUUAGCCUGCUGAGGUACCAAACCUCUUUCAUGGAUCUUUUGAAAAGUCCUGUGAUGCAAUAAUUUAUAAACCAUGGUGAUGUUUAAUGGAGUAAAAUCUAAAGCCAUGAGAACAGAGUUGGCGGUGGACAGGAUGUCUGGCAAAUUCAUCGUAUGGGGUAAUAAAAGUUAUGCAGUUCAUAAAGCUGUGUGUGUGGAUGCUCAUGUCAGCAGGAAUGCUGUUCUAAUGCUUGAUGACCUGUUGGCAUCCUGAGCUGAACAAAAAAGCUCCAUUCUGUGGACUUUAAUAAAGGUUUACAGGAAGAA